AGAAAUGUAUGUUGAACAUUUUUUCAAAAAGAUAUUGAUAUGAUAGGUUAAAUAAAAGUUAUAUUGAUAUUGACAGACUGAAAAAAAACGAAAAAGCGAUUAAAUCAACAACUGUCUUGCUUUAUUCAUCUCUGCCCUUUUCCCUGAGGAAAAAAACAACUGAUUCGGUUCUUUGAGUCAGCUCUUACAAUUGCCGUUUUGAGUUAUACGCUGGGAGUCGACUCAGUGUCGUUUAGUGAACGGACCGCCGAAAAUUAACGGUUGAGUUUGUUUUUGAAAGGAAGUAAGCGGGUCAAGUUACAGUGAGUAUUAAAGCCGUGUAUAAAGAGUAACUUACCUUUUUAUUGGUUGCUUUGAACAGGAAUUGAAGUAAAACUAAAUGUGUAAAACGGCUUUAUGCAUGAGGUUAUGGAUGACACUAGGGUGAGCCCCAUGUCCGAGUGGCUUAAUUCUGAUAUUUUCAUCAUAUUUGUGGUUUUCCUGCUGCUCACAAUUAUUGCCAUCGUUACUGUCUGCUGCAUCUUAAGACGUCGUCAUACACACGAGAAAAUGGCAGAAGUUGAGAUCAUUCCAUCUGCCAAUUCAAGUCCAAACAAUAAUCCUAGAUUCACCUUGAGGAUCAUAACAGAAAAGAAACAUGCCUCAGAGAUCGUUCAGAUGUUAACAGUACAAACUCGCUCUACUGUAGAUGCUGUGUGCACCACUGACCCUGGUGUCUCUGAUGUACAUGCUGAGGUUAUCGAGAUUUCUCAAGAUCAGUCUCAGAUACACACUUUGGCUUCGUGUCACACCGAAACAGACAGCACACUCCACACUGCACAGCAGGCCACCUCUCUUAACUUGCAAACUACCAGUGUUAUUAUACAUCCUGUGCCUGAUGAUGAAACACAGCUGUAAUAUCCAUCUUUAUCAAAAGAGACUUCGAACAAAGGCAACAAACGUAAAUGUUGAACUGUUAAAAUGUUUUUUCUUUGUCUUGUAAGUGUUUUGUGUAGAGAAAAGUUUUAUUUAUGGAGGGCUUUAUUUAUUAUUAAAGUAUAGUCAACAGAGGGAUUUCACUUAAAAUAAUUUAUGUUCAGGUGAUGUAUUAAGGCUUGUUAUUGUUUCCACCCUUGAAUUAAUACUUUUUUUGGCAAUAACUGUAAUAAAAAAGAAUUAUUUAGUGAUGAAAAGUCUUCAUUUUAUCCCAUUUAACUAAAUGUUGUGGAAUCUCGACGAAGCUGUGUAGUGACCAUUUGUCAAAUUAAAUGAAAUCAAAUAAAUGAAUCAAACUUAACUCCAAAAUAAUUCAAAUAAUCACCAAGAUAUACAAUGGGUUGUGGUUUACACAGUUAAAGGAUUGAGUCCAAGCCAGAUGACGUGUUUGGUGAGCUUUAUUAAAAGGUUUGCAGGCAAACAAACAAUUUUGCAUCUCCUGCUCCUUGUGCCCAACUGGCUUGACAAAACUGGUAAAAAAAAAACGAAACAAAAAAAAACCAUAGGCCCACCCAGGAGCAUUCUGGGCUGACACAACUAAACCCCUUUUAUCCCCUAGGUGCACAUGGCCUAACCCAAUAGAAA